AUGGCGUGGAGGUCGCACGGCAGGGACAACGAGACGCUCGUCGAAGCCCUCACGCGCAACAAAAUACUCCGCACGCCCGCUGUGGCCGAGGCCAUGCGCGCCGUGGACAGGGGGCUGUUCGCUCCCCCGGGCAUUCGACCCGGGUCGAUGUACGAGGACGCGCCGCAGCCCAUCGGGUUCAGCGCCACCAUCAGUGCGCCGCACAUGCACGCGCACUGCCUGGAGCUCCUGCGCACGCACCUCGCGCCGGGAAUGGCCGUCCUGGACAUUGGCAGCGGGAGCGGAUACCUCCUCGCGGUAAUGGCCCACAUGGUCGGACCCACGGGGAAGGCCGUGGGCGUGGAACACGUCCCGGAGCUGGUCGAACGAAGCUCGGACGCGCUGAGCAAGAUGCCGGAGAUGUGCGAGAUGGCGGCGGCGGGGUCGCUGCAGGUCGUCUGCGGCGACGGGUUCAAGGGAUACCCCCCCGGGGGGCCCUACGACGCCAUCCACGUGGGCGCUGCCGCGCCGCACGUCCCCGCGGCGCUCGCGGAGCAGCUCAAGCCCGGCGGGCGCAUGAUCAUCCCCGUCGGGCGCGAGGGCGAGGCGCAGGACCUGGUGGAGGUGGAGAAGGACUCCGGGGGCACACUGCGCCAGCGCAGCCGCAUGGGCGUGGUGUACGUGCCGCUGACGACGCUGCAGCACCAGACGGGCCGCACGUGGCGGUGA